AUGUCUUCACUGCCGUUACCUUCUUCGACCACCCUGUCGGCCUUCAAGGUUGCUCUUGAGCUCUAUCCAAGCAUAGCUGAGAAGGUCUACAGAUCCAAACUAAAGGAUUCAAAAAAAAUCAAUGAGGCACUUGAGAGGGAUAGGUGGAGAUUCGAAGAACUACCUCUCUCUGUCGCUGAAGUGAAAAAGGGGAAGCCGAACAAGACUGAAGCCUACAUGUCUAAGAAAACUGUGGAGAGACUGGUGCAGUGGAAAAUCACGCACGGCCAUUCGCGUCCUUUCCUUCCUGCGAUGGUCCGCAAGAAUGACGCAUCGGCAGUGGAGCAGCAGACUUCUAUCGCGUUUGAGAAAUUACAAUCUUCAUCCUCAGCACCCCCAAAACCAACCUUGAUUGCAGCUUUGGACAUGGUCUGCAAGCUCACCGGCAUUGGACCCGCCACUGGGACAUUGAUACUAAACAUCUUUGAUCCUGAGCAUAUUCCCUUUUUCCAGGAUGAGAUGUUUUUGUGGUUCUUUCCGGACCUGAAAGGCGCGAAGCUGAAGUACACUCAGAAAGAAUACCUGCAGCUAUAUGACGCAGUUGCUCCUGUGCUGGAGAGUUUAGGAGUCCAAGCUGUUGAGUUGGAAAAGGUAGCCUACGUUCUCUGGCAUAAAGAUCUUCUUGAAGAUGACGACAGUUCAAAACUUGAAAAAGUGUUGAGCGGAGCUAGCAACGUUGUGGGCGAAGAAGCAAAAGCAAAACCCAUGAAGAUGCUUGAAACAGCUAAAUCAGGCAAGAGUGUCAAACGACAAGCGGAAGCAGCAAACGACGUUGAUCUACCAUCUUCGAAAAGACAGUCACGACGAAAGAGAAGCUAA